AGGUAUUCAGAAAUGGAGAGGAAAGUAAGCAGAAUCUGUCUUGCUUCUGAACCCAAUAUGAUUCAUUUUCUACAAGUAUCCUGGGAGAAAACACUGGAAUGUGGUUUUGUUAUUACACUUACUGAUGGUCAGUCAGCGUGGACUGGGACAGUCUCUGAAUCGGAGAUUUCCCAAGAAGCUGAUGACUUGGCGAUGGAAAAGGAGAAAUAUGCGGAUGAGCUGGGAAAGGCUUUGGUGUCAGGGGCAGGACCUACUGACACAUACAAGUUUAAUUUUUCUAAAGAAUCUGGUAAUUUCUCCUUUGAGAAAAGCCUGAGAGAUGUUUCAUUCAGACUUGGUUCCUUCAACCUAGAGAAAGUGGCAAGCCCAGCUGAGGUCAUUAGAGAACUUAUUUGUUACUGCUUGGACACCAUUGCAGAAAAUCGAGCCAAAAACAAGCACCUGCAAAAAGAAAAUGAAAGGCUCCUGAGAGAUUGGAAUGAUGUUCUAGGACGAUUUGAAAAAUGUGUGAGUGCUAAGGAGGCUUUGGAGACUGACCUUUAUAAGCGGUUUAUCCUGGUGUUGAAUGAGAAGAAAGCAAAGAUCAGAAGCUUACACAAACUGUUAAGUGAAGUCCAGGAACUAGAAAAGAACACUGAGCAAGAAAAGGAAACCACAGCCUUUUCUGAAACGACUGUUGACCACAAUGCGGCCUAUGAUGAAAGCACUGAUGAGGAGUGUGGAGACCAGGCUGAGUCCUCAGUGUCAGCUCCCA